UCCACUCCUCCAGCCCGCGACAGCUCCGGUCCAGCCGCCGAGCGGGACGCGCAGCGCGGCCCACGCCCACCCACCCACGCGGACACGCCCCCGCAGCGCGGCGCCCCGCCCCCAGCUCCCGGGCUCGCUUGCUCGCUUGCUCGCUCGUGCGGGGAACCUGCACCGCUCGUGGGCGGCGGCGGCGGCGGCGUCCAGGCCCGGCUCCCGCCUCGGCGACUGUGUCGCUCGGCAGCCUGGGGCUUCUGCUCCACGACGUGACCAUGGCCGGACUCCAGGAGCUGAGAUUUCCUGAGGAGAAGCCCCUGCUCCGGGCCCAGGAUGCUACCGAGCUGGACAACCCUGAUGCCUUCCUCUCAGUUGUGGACACAGACUGGAAGGAACAUGACAUUGAGACGCCUUAUGGCCUUCUGCAUGUGGUGAUCCGGGGCUCUCCCAAAGGGAACCGCCCAGCCAUCCUCACCUACCAUGAUGUGGGUCUCAAUCACAAGCUGUGCUUCAACACCUUCUUCAACUUCGAGGACAUGCAGGAGAUCACCAAACACUUUGUGGUGUGCCAUGUGGAUGCCCCUGGGCAGCAGGUGGGAGCGUCACAGUUCCCUCAGGGGUACCAGUUCCCCUCCAUGGAGCAGCUGGCUGCCAUGCUCCCAAGUGUGGUACAGCACUUUGGGUUCAAGUACGUGAUUGGCAUUGGAGUGGGAGCCGGAGCCUAUGUGCUGGCCAAGUUUGCACUCAUCUUCCCUGACUUGGUGGAGGGGCUGGUGUUGAUGAACAUUGACCCCAAUGGCAAAGGCUGGAUUGACUGGGCUGCCACCAAGCUCUCUGGCUUGACCAGCACUUUACCGGAUACUGUACUCUCCCAUCUCUUCAGCCAGGAGGAGCUGGUGAACAACACGGAGCUGGUACAGAGCUACCGGCAACAGAUCUCAAACGUGGUGAACCAGGCCAACCUGCAACUCUUCUGGAACAUGUACAACAGCCGCAGAGACCUUGACAUUAACCGGCCUGGGACGGUGCCCAAUGCCAAGACACUCCGCUGCCCAGUGAUGCUGGUAGUCGGAGAUAAUGCACCUGCUGAGGAUGGGGUGGUUGAGUGUAACUCCAAACUGGACCCAACCACUACGACCUUCCUGAAGAUGGCAGAUUCUGGCGGUCUACCUCAGGUGACACAGCCAGGGAAGCUGACUGAGGCCUUCAAGUACUUCCUGCAAGGCAUGGGCUACAUGCCCUCAGCCAGCAUGACCCGACUUGCGCGCUCACGAACCGCCUCCCUCACCAGUGCCAGUUCUGUGGAUGGCAGCCGCCCUCAGCCCUGUGCCCACUCAGACAGCAGUGAGGGGAUGGGCCAGGUCAACCACACCAUGGAGGUGUCCUGCUGAAGCCCUCGUCCUGCCCAAGAUGCCCGCUUACCUGCCCCCAGGUCCCACUGCCAUCUCCGCACCGGCUCAUCUUCCCUUUAGUUUAUUUUUGUGAGAGUGAAGGGGAGGAAUUGGGGUUACUUCUCUUGUAUUUAAAAAAAAUUGAGGGGAUCCACCUUGGGACAGCACAGCACAACAGUCUUAGAUGGUGUGAGGGCCUCGCCUUAUAUACUCCUGUCUCACUCAGCAUGGUCGCUGGUUGGUACGGCCCCUCUCUGCCCAGCUGGGGUGUGGCCAGGAUAUAGGAUACAGUACUGAAGAAAGCACAACACAGCCCCUGGAGCUGGCAGAUGUGGGGUUUGAAGAUGGUGGGUGCUGAGCCAAGGCUCUCAUGUGAGUGAGAGUCAGACCAGUGGGGAGUCUUGGACCUCAGAGUGUCCCUUUCCUGUAACCAUUGCAUCAAGCACACCUAUUCUAAUAGUAGAGGUGACAGUCAUAAGGAUGGCAGCCACAAGAGGGAGCUCUAGACUGACAGGCAUUUUCCUGGUGCUCUCUGGGCAGGACAGGUGAUGUAAGGCCAGCCAGGCUGAAGAAUAUUGAGAACCCUGACAUGGGGGCAGGAACCCCCAUACUCUGCCAGCACAGGGCCAUGUCCCACCCUGAGGCAAAGGUCACCUGGUCUCCUGUCCCUGUUGGCAGAGGUAAAAUGUUGGUUGCUUUGUAUGCUGUGUGUGGCCCCUGAGAACUUCACGAUCACCCCUUUGGGAGCUGGCAGGUACUUGUCCCAGAUUUCACCAAGUGUUUGUCACAGUGCCCUGGUCAACUUGGAUCAGUGUGUCACAGACGUUACUUGAGAAGUGAGCUUGUUAGAAAGAUACAAUGACCUCUGCUUGCUGGAUGGGGCUGGAGCUUGCCUGGUCCUUGGGUGGCAGAUGGGCCGUCCUCGAGGUGAACAAAGGCUCCAAGCCUCCUACAGCCCACAACUGUGUCCACCAUCUCACGGAGUACUCUCACAGCCUGGCCAUUGGUUUCAUCCGCUGUCAUCCCCAGAGAUGAGAGAGAGCACUUAAGUGUGUAUAUGGGGGGGGGGGUGAUGUAUGUGAUGUUGUGUGGGUGUUCUGAGGCAAGAGGACACUGACACCCAUGUAUCUGUGGCACAUGCCGCCUCUUUCUGUAUCUGUAAGCCAUUUCUGGACUGCUCUGGAGUCCAGUGGAGUGUAUCCUAUCCCCGGUUCUGUUUGCUCACGUGCUUCCGUGAAUACUGAAUGUGACUGUUUAAAGCUGGUAGAAUUAAUCCCUUUCUGUAGAUAGCACUUCAAGUAUUGGAUAUCUUUUUGCUGUGUUCUUAAGAUAUCUAUAAAUACCUAUACAUUAUAUAUAUAUAUGUAUAUCAGGUCCUCCUGUAUGUGGUUUCCCAUUGAUGAUUGUCUUCUCUUUGGUCAAGAUGAACUUUUAAUGGAGUUCAUUACUUUACUCUCUGUACAAAGUUAAGAGCCUAAUUUUGUGUAUUCUGGUGGCUGAUAAGAGACUUUGAGAUUACAAAAUGCAAAACAAAAAUCCUUGAUAUAGAAAGUUAACUGUGCAGAAAAACUAAUAAAGAAAUUAAGUGUA